CAAGAUGGAAAGACGGUGAAUGUUUCCGGCUCGAUCAAAAUGUCUUCGAUUUGACAUGAUGUCACGAUAACUUCAUGGUCUGACUCCAGAGAUGAAUAACAACUUUCAGACCGUAACAGUCGAACAAGGAUACAACAGUCUCUAAUCGAUAUCAGAUAAACCGAGUGUUGCGCACUGUGGUGCGCAAUCGUAUUCGUUCAACGGUGCCAUGAAAGUAAAGGUGAUCUCCAUACUGGAGGACAACUACAUGUACCUGCUGAUUGAGGAGCAGAGUAAACAGGCCAUAGCUGUGGACCCUGCUGUACCACACCGGCUGCUAGAAAUAGUGAAGAGAGAGGCCUUGUCUCUGAAAGCUGUCCUCACCACACACCAUCACUGGGAUCAUGCUCGGGGGAAUGAGGCUCUGUUGAAGGAGGUUCCUGGGCUGAGGGUGUAUGGGGGAGACGAUCGGAUCGGGGGUCUGACAGACAAAGUCACCGAUGGCCAGGAACUCAAGUUUAUCUCAAUCAAUGUGAGGUGCCUAUUCACUCCCUGCCAUACCUCUGGGCACAUGUGCUACUUUGUCUGGGAGGAUGGGUGCACUGAUGCCCCUGCUGUGUUCACAGGGGAUACAUUGUUUAUCGGUGGAUGCGGGCAGUUUCUUGAGGGCACGGCAGAACAGAUGUUCCACAAUCUCACCCAGGUGCUGGGCACCCUACCUCAAGAUACGAAGGUGUUCUGUGGACACGAGUACACCAUUAGGAACCUGAAAUUUGCCAUGCUGGUGGAGCCAGAGAAUGAAAAGAUUAAAGCGAUGCUGAGCUGGGCCAGGGCGAGAGAUAAUGAUGACAAACCCACAGUGCCGUCUACCCUAAUGGAAGAGUUUGAGUACAACCCUUUUCUUCGCCUCUCAGAGGAAAGAGUACAAAAGUACACUGGAAAGACAGACCCCAUAGAGGUGCUGAGGGUUCUGCGGAAGGAGAGGGACACAUUUAAGAAGCCCAAGCAGAGACUUCCUCCCCAUGCCAUGUUGGCUUUGGAGUGGGGGCUUCUCAGACCCUGAGAUCCAGUUUCAGAGAUCUGAACAUACUCAACUAUCAAGGAAAGAUAGUUUGAAUGACUGAACGCAGCAAGACACAACUCUGUAGAGUGUUAUUCUUUGCUUUAACCCUCAAUUUAACCAAUGUAUACUGCUGGGAACCUGGUUGACCCUAAUGUGUGUUGUUUUAGUAAUAAUGAAACAAUGUCUGCACAAUAAGCCAGUGUAAAGCUGCUUUCAUCAAAUAUUCCUUCAAGCUAAAUUAAUUAAGGGCUGGUCUCUCAGUCUGUUACGCACAAACUAACUGCACCGAGUGAUGUUUGCUAAUACUAAUUUCCUAGAUACUAAUGUGUUUUAUUUAUUUAUUGCUUUAAAUAACUGGUUUUGGGGGAAAACUAUGCUUUAUUUAUUACUGCCAGUGCAUUUUACUUUACUUUUUGCUACUUUUGUUUGGACAUACUGUAUAUGUACUGUACAAUUGCUCUAUUUCUUGCGUUUGCAGUUGGACACAAUAGAUCCACUGUAAAAAUACAAUUUUCAAUUGUCAAUUUAGACUGCACGUACACAUAAUAUUGGAACAGUAGUGUGAUAUGUUGCACUUAUACAUUGUACAAGGGUAGAAGAAAUAUGCAGUGUACAUCAUUAUGCAAUGUAAUUAUUGCUGUUCAUCCCAAAGUGAGUAAAUCCUCACUGCUAGAGCGUAAAUUAGAGUCAAGAUAAUUCAACAAAAGAUAUUAGUCUGAAACAUUGUUCUGUUGGAGAGCUUUUAAACUUACAAAAACAAAUGGCUAGAAUGAAAUAAAGUCUUAUUUUUCUAAUAAUAGUAUAUAAUGUAUAUAUUAUAUAUAGAUAAUACGCUACAUAAUUAUACACACACAGAUAUAUACUCACACACACAACUGUAUUGUAUAAUCAAUCAUGAGUUAAAUAAGGAAUGAUUAUAAUUUGCUUUGUUGUUUCAGCUCAUGUUCCCAAACGAAUGAUUUACUAUCCAUUUGAAAGGACAAUCAGCAGUAUACUGUAAUGGCAAAUAAUCAGACCAAAUAAAUAAUUUUGCUUCAA